AUGGCCCAGCCCUUGUCCCGGCCCCUCAUCCUAUCCCCGUCUAGCCCUUGGCCCCCAGCCCCGCCCUCGCCCCGCUUCCCAAAUCGGUCCCAGCCCGGGCGUGGGUUCCAGCGAAUGCCCAGGGCUAGGUCCCAACCCAGGCCGCCCUUCCAGUCCCAGUCCCUGUGCCUGUCCUGGCCGCUAACCCCGCCUAUGCCCGUGUUCCACCUCCUGUCACAAAUCCCAGCCCAUCCCCUGUCCCAGCCCCAUUCCCUGGGUUUGCUUAAGCCCCGGGCCCAAACCCUGCCCUUGCUCCAGUCCCCAUCACAGCCCCUCCUUCCAUCCCAUUCCCAGCCCUUGUUCAAGCCCCAGUGCCUAGCACAGCCCAAUCCAUUAUCUCAGCCUUUGCCCUCGUCUCUGUGUUUACCCAAGUCUCUCCCACUACCCACCCCUCUCUCUCAUACCGUGCCCCUCUCCCAGCCUCGACUCAGAUCUGGGCUCCAGCUGCCGCCAGCCUUAUUGCUGCUGUUGCUGUUCUCUGUCCUUGGCCCAGGGGCUGGAGGCCUCUUCCUGACUGACUACUCCACCUGCUCACCCCGCAAGCUGAGUCCCUUCCGCUCCUUUGCCAGCACCGAGCUCUUCCACUUCCAUGUUCCCGAGGACACGUUCCUGGCUGUUUGGAACCUCAUCAUCUUCAAGGAGCAGGGGGGAACCUUUGGGGACCACUGCCCAGACCAAAGUGUGACUGUGUAUUUCCGGUCUGGGGCACCCCCUGUCAUCAAUCCUCUGCACACACACUUCCCAGGGGACACCGCUGUGCCUGGGGUUUUCUCACUGACCCUCAGCUGGACACUGCCCAACCGCACCUCAGGCAUCUUUAACGUCAGCAGCCCCUUACCUGGGGACUGGUUCUUGGCUGCCCACCUUCCCCAGGCCCACGGCCACAUCUCUGUCAAGGGUCUCCAGGAUGAGUGUCAGUACCUCCUUCAGCCUCAGCUGAUUGUCCGGCGUUUGCUGGAUGUUGCUGUGCUGGUGCCUGGCCGUCCCUCAGAGCAAACCCUCUCCCCGCACAAUCGCUCAGCCCUGUACAAGGUCUUUGUGCCCAGCUUUACUUACAGGGUUUCAGCACAGCUGGUAUGUGUGGGGAGCCGCGGGGCAUCGGCCUGCCCCCUGACACUGCGCCUACGUCCCAAGGCCCCACCCCUGCACAACUCAAGCUCUGUAUCCUGUGGAGGUGCCUCGAUGUGCCAGCUGGAGCUGGCGCUGCCCCCCUGGGGACACUGGGUCUACGUGCGUGUGGAGAUACCAUCCCGGGGACCUGGCAGGACCAUCCGCUUCCAGCUGUGUGUGCGGUUGCAAGAGUGUCCGCAGCCGAGCCUGUCCCGGGUCCUGGUCCCUGGAGCUGCCAUGAACAUGCCCCAGUCCCUGGGCAACCAGCCACUGCCCCCAGAGCCGCCAUCCCUGGGGGCCACUCCUGAGGGGCCUGGAGUGACAUCUCCACCAGAGCACUGCUGGCCAGUGCGCCCAACGCUGCGUAAUGAGCUGGAUACCUUCUCUGUCCACUUCUACAUCUUCUUUGGCCCCAGCGUGGCCCUUCCCCCCGAGCGCCCGGCAGUGUUUGCCCUAAGGCUGCUGCCGGUACUGGACAGCGGGGGCGUCCUCAGCCUGGAGCUCCAGCUCAAUGUGAGCUCCCUGCACCAGGAAAAUGUGACAGUGUUCGGAUGCCUGACUCACGAGGUGCCCUUGAGCCUGGGGGAUGCAGCAGUGACCUGUUCUAAAGACUCCUUGGCUGGCUUCCUCCUCUCCGUCAGUGCCAUUUCCAGACUGGCCAGGCUGCGAAUCCCCUUCCCACAGACUGGGACCUGGUUCCUGACCCUCCGCUCUUUGUGUGGCGUGGGGCCUCGGUACGUGCGGUGCCGGAACGCGACGGCCGAGGUGCGGCUGCGCACUUUCCUGUCCCCUUGCGUGGAUGACUGCGGGCCCUAUGGCCAGUGCAAGCUGCUGCGCACGCACAACUACCUGUAUGCGGCCUGCGAGUGCAAGGCCGGGUGGAGGGGCUGGGGCUGCACUGACAGUGCAGAUGCGCUCACCUACGGAUUCCAGCUGCUGUCCACACUACUGCUCUGCCUGAGCAACCUCAUGUUUUUGCCACCCGUGGUCCUGGCCAUUCGGAGCCGAUACGUGCUGGAAGCUGCUGUCUACACCUUCACCAUGUUCUUCUCCACGUUUUACCAUGCCUGUGACCAGCCAGGCAUUGUGGUUUUCUGCAUCAUGGACUACGAUGUGCUGCAGUUCUGUGAUUUCCUGGGCUCCUUAAUGUCCGUGUGGGUCACUGUCAUUGCCAUGGCUCGUUUACAGCCUGUGGUCAAGCAGCCCCUGGAGUCCUCUUUCUCCAGGUGCUGUAUUUGCUGGGGGCUAUGCUGCUGUCUAUGGCUCUACAGCUUGACCGGCAUGGACUCUGGAACCUGCUCGGACCCAGUCUCUUCGCCCUGGGGAUCUUGGCCACAGCCUGGACAGUACGCAGCGUCCGCCGCCGGCACUGCUACCCACCCACGUGGCGCCGCUGGCUUUUCUACCUGUGCCCGGGCAGCCUUAUUGCAGGCAGUGCUGUCCUACUCUAUGCUUUUGUGGAGACCCGAGACAACUACUUCUACAUUCACAGCAUUUGGCAUAUGCUCAUCGCUGGCAGUGUGGGCUUUUUGCUGCCUCCACGUGCUAAGACUGACCACCGGGUCCCAUCUGGAGCCCGGGCCCGGGGCUGCGGUUACCAGCUGUGCAUCAAUGAGCAGGAGGAGCUGGGCCUUGUGGGUCCGGGAGGGGCCACUGUCAGCAGCAUCUGUGCCAGCUGAGGGGGGCUUUGGGCCUGGCCCUUGGGGAACAUGAACCUUUCCUAGGGGUGGAGAGCCCUUCCUGGGAAUGUGGAACCCUUCCAGGGAUAAGAGACAGGUUGUAUUUCUUGAGGACAUGGAGGUUUUCUUAAGGACAUGGAGCUCUUCUAGGGGCCUGGCACGCUUCCUGAAGGCUCGGAGUCUUCCUGCAUCAUCGAGUCCUUCUUAAGGACUGGAGCCUGUGCAGGGCCACAGAGCCCUUCAGGACCAAGGAGUCCCUCCUAGGGUUGUGGAGUCCUUCCCAGGGAUAUGGAGCCCUCCUAAGGACAUGGAUUCCUUACCAGGGAGACAAAGCCCUCUCAGGACAUGGCAUCAUUCCCGAGGAAACGGAGUCCACCUUGGGGAAACUGAGUCUCCACAUCUUCCCAGCAGCUCAGCAACUCUGGCCUCAGGCUUCCUUCCCAAGGCAGCAUCUGGGCUGUGCCAUGCUGUCCUGUUCUGGGAGGGGGAUCACAGGACAGAUGGGGCUGGGGCUGGGGUGGCUGAUAUUCUGAGUUGAUGCAGUUGAUGCAGGUGGAGUCUGUUGUGUCUCCAAUGAAGUAUUCGCUGGUU